GUCCCAAAACCGCAUGACUCCCCGCGGCAUGCCCCAGCAACCCACUCGCCGUCCCCGCAACAGCAUGCUCAUAGUACCCCGUCCUCCGCGCAUUCAACUCCGCAUACAACCCAAACAGCUCCUUCAACACUUUAUUCAACCCCUUACGUUUCCCCCUCCACUUCCUCACCUCCACCUCCAUCUCACUCCUCACACUGCCCAAUUUCGUGAUCUCAACCUCACACUCCCCCAACUCCCUUUCCUGUCUCGCGAUCGAAUCCGCAAGCAUCCGUUUCUGUUGCAGCGUCAGCAGCCCGUGUUUCUCCCACCGGAUCUGCGGGAGCCGCGUCGAGGCGAGGAUGUUGGGCGUCGCGAGGGCGGUGAUGUGCGCGGACCAGAUGGAGGCGAGCGAGCGGUCGGGGAUCGGCGGGGGGGUCAUCACACGGCCCAUGGUGUCUUUCCGGAUGCUCGUCGGGAUCGCGUCGGCUGCGUCUUUGGGUGCGGAUUCGGGUUCAGAGUCCUCGCUUUCUUCCCUCGCGACCUCCAUCCCCCGCCCCCUCGCCUCGCCGCCCCGCGCACCACCCGGUCGCCGCAUACGACUCCCCCGUGGCGACGGCGUGUCCAUGUACUCGUCAGCAAGGCUGUGUGUCGAACUCUCCGCGAUGGGUAUGGAGGCACCGCUUGGUGAGGGAUAUUGCUUGGCGAUGUGGUCGACGGCUUUUUGGAGGGAGGAGGGGAUGGCGAAGUGGGUUGAGAGGGAUUGUUUGCGGGGGCGGGACAUAUUUUGAGGCGGUGUGGGUGGGGAGGUUGGGAGUUGCGGGUGGGAGACGGGGUCUAGGUAGUGUCCCUGACGAAGAGAGAAAGCCUGGAAUUUGCG